AUGUUCGCCCGCACAGUCGCUCGCCAGGCCGGUCCUUCCGCCAACCUUUUCCGCCUUGGUGGUGUUCGUGCCAACUCGUCGCUUCCCAUCCCUCCUAAGAUUGCUACCCCCAAGUCGGUACAGGGUCCUGGUGGUUCUUCCGCCCGUAUGGAGAGUGUUGUUGGCUUCUACAAGGCGCUCCCCAAGGGCGAUGCUCCUCAGAAGAGGGGCGGCGGAAUCAAGGCUCGUUACUUUGACGGCAAGAACGCCUCGGGCAAGCCUAUCGUCGCUACUCUCUUCACCCUUUUCUUAAUCGGUUACUCGAUCGACUAUGCUACCCACCUGCGUCACCACAAGAACAACCACCACUAG